GCAAAAACGACAUAAACAAAAAAAGCUUGGAAAAUAAAACACGGAUUAAUUGUUUUGGUACUUUUUUAAUAGCAAAGAUUGUAAUUGUAACUGAUAUAAUAAUGCGCAUUUGCCGAAUUUGUAUUGAGGUCAUCAGUAACAAUGAUUGGCUCUCGAUAUUCGAAGGAUGUGACUCGGUAGCCGACAUGAUUCAGGAUCUGAGUGGACUGGAGGUCACAAAAGAUCCGCGACUGCCAGAAUUUGUAUGUUCUUUGUGCUUUGGAAAUCUCAGGUCAGCAUUAGACGUCAAAUAUAAGUGUUUAGAGUCCGAUCAGAAACUUAGAAAUCUCCUGGAGAAGAACCUUGGGACAACUGAGAAAGAGAAUACUUUUUCACCAAUAAUAAGUUACAAAAUUAUUUACGGAGAUGUAUCAGAAUCGCUGCUACCCGAAAUAGAAACAGCUGAUCACUUGGUUGUGCUGAACGAUGAUAUCAAUGAACAACUGAUAAAGAUUCCAAAUGAUCCAAUCAAGCUUAUAGAACAAACCGAAGAUUAUGAUUGUACAACACUAAGUUGUUGUGGAUGUGCAACUGUUUUCGAAAGCAAAGACCAUUUAUUGAAACAUUCGAAAGAUGUACAUGAGCAGCACCGUACCAUCAACGAAGAACGACCUUUCGAGUGUGAAAUUUGUUACAAACGCUACACAUCGAAACGGGGGCUCAAUUUGCACAAAGGUAAUCCAUAUCAGUCGAAGCAAUAUCAAUGUUCCGUUUGUGGUAAGCGGUUCAGCAAUCUAAUGGUUCUGGCUAAUCAUGAACGCAGUCACUUGAAACUGAAGCCUUUUGAAUGUGUUGUUUGUUCCAAACGAUUUGGCACGCAGUCGAAUCUGCUGGCGCAUCUCAAAUUGCACUCGGUCGUUCCUGAGCAUACCAAGCAUGUUUGUAAUUAUUGCGGAAAAGGGUUCAGUCGGAAGAGCUAUCUUAAACAUCACUAUUCUUUACUACAUAGCGAAGAUACACCCUUUGCAUGUACAUUUUGUUCGAGCAAAUUCAAGGCAAAAGCCAAUCUGCGUUUGCAUUUGCGUACGCACACCCAAGAGAGACCGUAUUCCUGUGAGCUAUGUGACCGAGCAUUUAUGUAUCCUACCGAUCGAAAGAGACACAUGAUACAACACACAGGCCAGAAACCGUUCAAGUGUGCUGACUGUGAUAAAGCGUUUACAAGAAAGGGGCUGCUACAGAAACAUCGGGUCUGCCAUGAGGAUGCUUCUACUUCAAAUGAUGAAGCGAGGUUACAGUCCAAUUCGAUUUGUUCGUAAAUUUUCCAGGUUAAUUUCCACAGCUAUUACUGAAUAAAUUAUACUUACAGAUUGCAAUCAUUUCUUUGCUUAGGAUAAA